CCCCCCUUUCUCCUCCUCCUCUCUCUCUCUCACAAAAUCACUGAGCUUCGAAUCUAACAAGUCAUGGAUUUCGAAGUUGAUCAGGGAAAGGAAAAUCAAUCUGUUCUAAUACUCCUAGAGACGCUGAAGAAGGCCUCCAAAGAUCUACAAAGCAACUCCAUUUUCCUAACCAACAACAACGAUUCGAAAAUUACCGUUGAAAUCCUUUCUAGGGUGGUCGAAGCCGAGGCUGCUACUGUUCUUCCCUCAGACCCUAAACUUCUCAACAUCUCUCAGCUGCUCUGCAACCUCAAGACCUUACUCGAGAAGCUCGAAAAAUUUCAGGGCUACGGCCUCAAAUCCAUCCUUCACCGGCAAAUCACAAACUACAAGAUCUCCCAGGUUGCUUUCACGACUGAGGCUGAAAUUCAAUCAUUUCUAGACCGCAAUAUCGUUCAAAUCCUUGCAAGAACGUUGAAGGAAUCGGCGGACGAGGACAAGAAAGUUAGGGUCUUGAUUGAGUUCAAAAAUCGGGUGUGCCAAGGUUUCGAUAGAGCUUUUCAACAUUUGAUUUUAAGAGCGAAGGUAUUUUCGAUUCUUGAAUCUUUACUUUGUAACUCAACGUGUUCGAAGCGGGCUCGAGACCAUGCGGCUCUGGUCGUAGAUGCUUUAGUUAGAUUCAACAGGAAUGUUUUUGUGGGAUUGGUGCUCAUGGGUCCUACUGUUGGGGCCUUGAUUUCGAUGGGUUCAUGUCGUUCGGCCAAAGUUCUUUGCUCACUGAUCACAUUUAUCAGAACUCCAUUGGUAGAUGAAAUGGAGUCUAACGGUGAAAUCCCAAGAAUUAUUAACCUAUUGAGCUCGGAAGAUUUGUCUAUUCGAGCUGCAGCCUUGGACUGCAUUCUCGAACUUGCUUAUUUUGGGAGGGAAGAAGUUAUCCUAGCAAUGCUUGGAGAAGAUUUGGUCAGGAAGCUCGUGGAGUUGCAAAGAUUGGAAAAUGGAAGUGGUGUACUUGAGAAAGAGAACGGAGGAACUUAUGUUGGAACAGAGUCAGACACGAAAUUAGACGAAAAAGGGAGUAAAAACAUGGAGAAUCAUCCAUUUGAAAGCUGUGUUACAAGGUUUGCAGUGCAAGUGGAAGUGGGGGAAGGAUUGAGUAGCAUAGAGAAAAGAGAAGUUAAAUUGGAGAUUCUGAGGAGAGUCAGAGAGACCUCUAUUUCCGAUGCAGAGUCAGCCACCAUUGAGGCUGAGGUAAUAACACUGAUAUUUGAAACCAGCCAACAGGGACAACACGAGUGCCCCACUAGCUUAAGAGAAAAACAAGAGCACAAACUGUGCCCCAGAAACCAGUGGCGAUGGAUAUUCUUUGUGUAGAUACUGAAAGAUAUUAGAUGGGGGUGAAGGUGCUACUGCAAAAAUUAGGUACUGAAUUUGAUAUUUUAAACAAAUUUCUAAAUGAGCAAUGUAUUGCUGCUAUGUUUGAGAAGGAUGUCAAGUACCGACACUUUUUCAGGAAAUACAAAAUCGAUGUCAAGUACUUGCUGUUUAAUGAAAGGCUGUCAUUUUCUCAUGUUCUGAAAUAAUAGAAUCCAUAGUAUAAAUCAUAAUUCCCUUGCUCUCAACAGCCCUUCAUAAAUCGUGACUAAAAACCAAGCAAAAGAAUAAUAAGAGGAUCUUCUACCUACACACAAAAUCCGAAAUUGAAUUAUCAAUUUACUCUCAAAUUUAACAUGGUUUAUAAUUUAUUUUUGAAAUGAAAGCCCCGCGUACUCAAAUGCUGGAGAACAAAAAAACAUUUGCAAAAUCCUAAAAACUUUUAAGAAAUGAAAUUUUAUGAAACAAGCAUUGCUGUUUAGGGGAGUGAGAGAGGAAGCCGCGAAAAGAAAUAGAAUUUCAGCUUUUCGGGUCUUCCUCUCCGAGAGGGUAGGGACUAGAAAAAGAAAGAAAAACCGAGGAAAAUGGGAGAGAAAAUGUUAGGAAAAGAUACCCAAUGGCCCAAUAUUCUCUCUUAAAAGGGAACAAUUUUAGAGAGAGAGAGAGAGCGCGAGCGGCAGGAACUAUAUUAAUUAACCACCAGAAGGUUGGAAACUUAAUUUUAACACUUCCCUCUCAUUCUUUCCGUCCCCGUUCCCUGUGCUUUGGCUUUUUAUUUUUUGCAAAGAAUCCCCUCCAACAAAUCACACACACACACCCCCCCAAACAACGUCAACGCUCUUGUUGUUUCACACACCAGCAGCCCCAACUGUCUUCUCUCCUUCUCUGUCUCCCGAUAUCUUAUUUCUACAUGUCGGUGAUCCACUGAUCGGGGAAACGAAAAAGACGUUUCAGAGAUCUGAGCGGACCACUGCAACGCAGAUCUUUGGCAAUUCCUGUAGACUCUGUAUCUGGGUCUUGUUUGAUUCGCUAUGAGUUGGAAAUACAGGGCUGGGUUGUUCCUGAUAGCUGCUGUUGUUGUUAUAUGGGUCUCCUCUGCAGAAGUCACCCAGGGCAUAUUUACAGACUACAAGCAGCCAUUUGCAGUAACAUAUCUUGGAGCUUCUCUUUUGGUAGUCUACCUUCCAGUAGCAUUCUUAAAGGAUUGGGUGUGUAAUAUCCUAAAACGUCGGUCUUCUAAAAGUGGAAAAAAUGCAGAAAGCAUGAAUGAUUUUUCUGUUGGUUUGAGUUCUACUCUAAAAUACAUUGGAGGCCAGAAGAACUUUGAAUUGGAACUUCAGGGAACCUUGAAUAGAAAAGAUAGUGAAGCAGACCUUUCACCUCUCGAAGAAGGAAGGCCAUUGGUUGCUAAACACAAAGAUGAUGCCCACAUACUGAAACAAGAUAGAGAGCUUACAACCAGAGAAAUUGCUACUUAUGGAUUUUACAUUGCCCCGAUCUGGUUUGUAACCGAGUAUUUAUCAAAUGCUGCACUGGCACGUACAAGCGUUGCAAGUACGACAGUAUUAUCCUCUACUUCAGGACUUUUUACCCUUUUCAUUGGUGCGUUUCUGGGCCAAGAUUCUUUAAACAUAGCAAAAGUAGUUGCUGUCUUUGUAAGCAUGGCUGGUGUUGCCAUGACGACUCUGGGAAAAACCUGGGCUACUGAUGAUUCACAGACGAAUGCUUCUGCCAAUGGGAAACGUUCUCUUGUUGGGGAUCUUUUUGGCCUUCUCUCGGCUAUGUCAUAUGGUUUGUUUACAGUGCUUCUAAAAAAGUUUGCAGGUGAAGAAGGAGAAAGGAUUGAUGUGCAGAAGUUGUUCGGCUAUAUAGGAUUAUUUUCACUUGUAGCAUUGUGGUGGCUCGUUUGGCCAUUGACAGCUUUGGGAAUUGAACCCAAGUUCACAAUUCCUCAUUCUGCCAAGAUGGACGAAGUUGUUCUUGCCAAUGGCUUUGUAGGAAGCGUCCUCUCUGACUACUUUUGGGCACUAUGUGUUGUAUGGACAACUCCACUUGUAGCCACCUUGGGCCUGUCACUCACCAUACCUCUUGCUAUGUUGGCUGACAUGGUGAUCCAUGGUCGUCACUAUUCAGCAAUUUACAUUCUUGGUUCAGUUCAGGUAUUUGCUGGUUUUAUAAUAGCUAACCUUUCAGACUGGUUCUCAAAGAAGUUGGGAUUAUAGCAUUUCGUUAUAUUCUUGUUAGCUUAAUAUGGGAAAUCCUAAUUCUUUCUACAUUGUUUGAUUUGGAUGCCACAUUCAUAAUUAUCGUGACCAAAGUUCCUUUCCGGUAUAUGCAUCAAUGGCAUCUCAGAAAGUGGAAAGUGAUGAAUGUUACUGCACUAUGGUUGAUUGUGUAAAUGAAGGUUUUGUCUUUUCGUUGGGUUUGAGUGUUGGCCCCAUGUUAUAAUAACUUCUCAUUUUGGUCCGAUGAAAAUAUUUAUUUUCAGGCAUUUUUAUCAAUGUUUUUCACCAA